GGAAAAGGUCUGUUUGUUGACGUUCGUGAACAACAAAAAAAAUCGACUUUCAUCUACAUGCUAUUGCUAAUGGGGCCGUCAGCAGCACCAGGGCCGAGCAGCGUUGCCACCUCGCCACCGAAAUAAAAACCCUCCCAGCACCCACCAUGGGCGGCCCCAUCACGUCCGCCCAACUGGAAUCCCUUCGCCAAGCCCACUUCGCGAGCCCCACUUCCGACUCCCCUCCACCCGCGGACGCGACGCCGCCCCUUCCUCCGAACUCCGUCAACUUUCACAACCACAACGGCAACUUCUCACCCACCGCGAACAACGAUAGCAAUCAUGAGGUAGACACGUUCGAAAAAGACAACAAUAACCAGUCCACCGCGGUACCCUCCAGCACCGCGGAGUCCCCGACAAUUGACUCCCCCGCGGUGGUCGUAGACCGGCUGAUCGAGCGGAACUUUACCAACGAUGGGCAAAGUUCGUCCGCAACAGCAAGUCACGCGGGUGAGGAUGGGUCGUCGAAGCGGGCGUGUAGUAGUUUGAUGAAAAUUAUCAAAUGUAAAAAUGUCUGGGUCUGGAAGGUUGAAUCUUGUCAUGCUAAAUCUGAAUGACGCAAAAAUCUGCCUUGCGUGAGUACCAAAAGCUGUCCGCUUUUGACGAAGUUGAGAGGGAGUUUCUUAUGCAGGAAAGGCAUGAUAGAGACCUCAAAAAAUCUGUCAUGCUGGGUCUCGCAUUCCAGACCUCGUGGGUCAUGGAAAACCUGCAUCACAAGUCUUGCAUUCUUCCAGACCCAGACAUUUUUACAUUUGAUAAAAAUCGGGACGGGAUCGAGCAGAAGGGUGUUGAGGUAAAAAUAUAGUAAAUAGAAAUACGUCGUUAACUUGUGCUGUGUCAAUGCACUACGAGGCGCAAGCAUUUCUUGCUGCCUCUACCUAGGGUGAAAUGCAUAAUGCAAAUUUAGCUCCUGUUCCAAUUGCAAUUGUUUCACGUUCUUUCAUAUAGAACCUUAACCGAAAAUGAAAAUCACAGUCCCGUCCCCAAAACCCGGAUCACCCACCGGUCCAACAUGCGACAUUUGACCAGAAUAGCGGCCGGACACGCAGUAUGCAAUGCAAAAGGAUCGUACCCGUACUAUAUUAAUUUGGAUUUGCAACCAUGCAUGACAAAUUUUGUCCGUGUAUCCAAUUCCACAUUACUCGUUUGGAAAAAUUUGUAUUGCAACUACUAGUACAGUGCUUUUGCAAUGCAUACGCGGGAGACGUGGUGAAAGAAGUGUUGAACGAUGAAGAGGCGAGUGGGUACAUUUUAAAAAAGAAGGACCCAGUGGAGGCGAAAAAUUACAAGGAACUAUAUUCCAAUUCCGCAGACCCCUUGCAGAACUGGACGCCGCACUACGGCGGGGAGACAACCGAUCCGGAAACUGGCAAGGAAUAUUUGCGACUGGAGAACCUGACGAACCAGGACUAUGACGAAGCGUACUUGAUGUUUAUUUCGAGUGUUUUGGUGUUUUGAAGAUGAACCUGUGGUGCUUUGGUAGGUGCAGAAGUUGAAGUUUGUCAUGCAUAUUGCGAUCACAUGAAGAUUCUGUCAUGCAAUUCCAAUUACCCAUGCGUACCUAUGCGAAAAAUAAAAAAAACCACACAUCAGUUUCGUCCUCGACUGCAAGCUGGGUCUCCGCACGUUCCUGGAGUCCGAAGCGAAAAACGAAACCUAUGGCGUUCUCAAACGGUACAUUCUCAACUGGUACAUGAAUUUGCCAUGCAAGCAUGGCAAAAGUAAAACAUUGGAGCUUGCACCUCUCGCAUUACAAAUUUGAUGUUUAGGUCUUCAAAAAUUUGUCAUGCGAAGUAGCUUUCUCGUGUGGAUGCUUAUGCGCAUUGCACAUGACAAAUCACGGAACAGCUGAGACAGCUGAGAAUGUAACAGUAACGCUUGAGAACGCCAUAAGACCUUAAGGGAGGAUCUGUUUCUGAAAGCAGAGGCACUCGCACCGUGGCUGUUAACAGACGAGGAGAAGGAAAGAUAUGAACUGCAAAAGUAUCGUACUCGUAUAAAUGCAUUACAAAUUUCCUCAGCAUGAGAGAGAAAAUCUGUAAUGCGGAUUUCCCUUAAGAUAAAGAUUUGUAAUGCAAGACUUGCAUUGAUACGAGUACGACUACGAUACUUUUGCACAGGAUAAAAGAAGGAAGAUAACGAAGUUCCGGUAUAAUUUGUGUAUAUUUUUCAUGAUGCCGAUUUGUCAUGCGCAGUUUGCAUCCGAUCAUUUCAGUAGUUUCUCCAUUGCGCCACCCUCUUGAAAAAUGUUAGUUGACAUCAGCAUCACCAAACGCCAACCACUAUUAUAUUCGCUUAUCAGGUGGAUGACCAUCCAUGAUUCGCAAACAACCACCGCCGCAGAGGGUUGGCGUAUUGACGGCUGCGCGGGGCAUAAGGUGUGCAUCACGAAGGCAGAACUGCAGCAGAACAAAACGAAGGAGGACGUGGUAAAAUUCUUGUCCACCGUUUUUCUACCGCUCGUCACCACAAGAACCGUGUCGAAAGCGAAGUCGACAGGUGGAAAGAACCCAACGGCGCCAUCGGAGGUUAUGGAGGCGGGGAAAAGGAUCGUACUCGUCAGUUGUAUAGAUCGUCAUCGCAUGACAAAUUUAGAUUUUUUUUCUAUAUUCUUUUCGAUUGAAAUUGCAACUGGUGAUGCAGCGUUAGGUAUGAGGGAGGAUCUCUCAUGCACGAUGGCGAUAAUUACAACUAGCUAGAAGUACGGUGGUUUUGCAGUGGAUAAAGAUUAACGAGGAGCAGCUGGAAAAAUGCGUGAAGAUCUGCGACAACUUCCUGCAAGAGUACAGAACUGUUUUGAAUUUUUGAUCAAGUAGUUUCUCAUGCAUUCUCAUGGAAGACAAAUCGAGUUUGUCAUGGUGAUUUCUACCCGAUUGGAAUCCAUCAACAUUCUCACAGCCUUCACUCUUUCCGCAUGGACGCGAUAGUUUCGCCCUUUUUCCGCCGCCACGAAUUCAUCGGCUGCUCCUUGCUCAUGGUGGCAGACAAACACGCCAAGUCCUGUAUCGCAUUAAUAGAUUUGGCGAAAACACACCCAGUGUACCAGACAACUUGUCCUUCUACUGCAGGUGCAGCAUCACCUUCUUCCAAGGGAGCACGAGUUGGCAACACAGGAACUGCUGCAACUGCCAGUAAUACCAUUACCCCCCCGGUAGUUGUAAAAACAAAAUCUUCCUCUACAGCCUCAACAGAUCAAGUGACGGUCGAAUUGAACCACCGGGUACCGUGGCAUAUGCAUUGCAAAAGUACCCUUCUAGUAUAAAUGGCAUUUGCAUUACAAAUUUGCUCAGCAUGAAAACUGGAACUUGUCAUGCUGUUCUACCUUAAGAACAUGAUUUGUCAUGCAUGAUUGCGAUUAGUACGAGUGCGAUACUUUUGCACAGGAUAUGGCAACCAGGGAACCACGAAGACGGGGUUUUGUUCGGGAUCGACAACAUGAUAGACUUAUGCAUUGCAAAAGUUAUCGUACUAGUAUAAAUCGCAAUACAAAUAGGCUCAGCAUUACAAAUUGGAUUUGUAAUGCAGAUAUGCCUUGGAAACUGGAUUUGUGAUGCAUAAUUGCGAUUAGUACUAAACUACGAGUUGUGCGAUACUUUUGCACAGGAUAAGACUGCUGGUACGUGGUGAAGCAAAACGUUUUGGAAAGAAUCGAGUUGAUUCAGAAAGAAGGAAUUGACGCCUACCUCCCCUUAUCAAAUGCAAAAGCAUCGUACUAGUUGUAUAAAUGCAUUUACAAAUUUCGCCCUCAGCAUGAGAAAUAAGAUUUGUAAUGCGUAUUUGACUUAACAAAAAGAUUUGUAAUGCAUGAUUGCAAUACGAUUACGAAUACGAUACUUUUGCACAGGAUACCCCUCCAGAGACAUCAUUCUCGUGGAUAAAAACAGCAAGCGCGCCCCGCCCAAGGGAACUUUGUUGGAUUUUCAAGAGGACAUGCCCUUGGAGAAGACGAAAUCCGGAAUGGGGGUACAAAUCGCCGGGUUUGAUUCAUCUACUACCUACGCAUUGCAAAAGUACCGUACUAGUAGAAAUUGCAUGACAAAUUUUGGCAAGAAGAAAAGUGUAAUUCUAAUUUGUAAUGCUGUUUUUCCCUAAGAAAAAUAUUUGUCAUGCAUAUUUGCAAUUAGUUUUAGUACUACGCGCGCGAUACUUUUGCACAGGAUACCACCGGGAAUAAAACCACGUCGACAGUCGGGAGAGUAAAAUCCACGACGAAAUUAGUGCACUACGGAAACAGCAGGUCUUUACGGGGUCUAGGAUUAGCGUCAAUAACCUCCAGCAUCCGGAGUUUCCUGACAACGACCACUUCCGUGAACAAUCAUGCGAGCCAGAAAGGAAAGUGGAAACAGUCGCCGCUGAAGAAUGAGGUACUGGAGGGAGAUCAGUUUAACAUGAUGCACAACGUGCUCGUACCUGGAAGUGGAACUACAGGCGAUCUACACCAGUUUGAAACGGUACAAGAGCAAACGACGGCCACCGGAAGUGCUCAAAACGGACGAAUCAAAGAACUGCAGUCGGACAUUGUGGGGAAGACAUCCACUUGGCAGUUGAAUGAGAGGAAGCGGAGAUCGUUAUCGGGUGGCUGUUUCGGGAUGUGCUUCUCGAUGAAGCCGAGGAACAAUGAGGUGGAAGCGACUCCUGGUGGCUGUGGGAAUGGUGGCGGAGGAGAGGGGAGUGGAAAUUCUGUGGCAGGAGAGGCGGGGAGAAAAUGAAAAUAGAAGUUGGGGGAGCUAUAGCACCAGAAAGUACUAGAACGGUAUAGAAUUAGAAAUAGGUUUCAAUCAUUCAUCGACAAGUUUCAGUUUAAACCAUCCGAGAAAAUAAUUUGCAUCGGCUGUAGAAUACAAAACAGUAAUAUUGAUAAGUCAAAAUAGUGAAAAUGCAUGAAAAAGUGAAACGGCACCUGAGAGUGAAAAAUGCAAAUUUUCCUGUGAGCUUGACUUGGAGCUGCACGUGUCAUGGUAGACAUACUUGUUUCUCAUGACAAAAAUUAAAAUUGUAUUUGUGUUGCAAGCUUUCGACCAUGAAGUAGUUUAUUUGCCAUGGUUUCUAACGCCCCACACAAUGACUACGGGUAGUACGGUUUCAACAGAAUAGAAUCACGGAAAGCAGUAUGUUCUUGCCACAAUAAUUACAUUUUGAUUCUCUUCGCCAGGGGCAAGACCAAGAACAUGGCUAGUAUUGAGCUUUGAACAUUGGAGUUAACACUAGUAAACCAUAGAUACACGACGACACGCACCCUCGUUGUCCGAAGUUUCAAUCACAACUGUCUCCCCGCGUUUCAGCAGGGUUGAUGUAAUGGAGCACGUCAACAGGAGGGAAUACAAACGGACCCUCGUCAACGAACACUGGUUUUUCGAUGGGUCAGGUAGGAAACGCCAGCGGUUCUUGCUCAUCUUUUCGUUUUCGUGUGGUGUUACGUUUUCGCCGCAAGUCUGAUGCGGUGGGGGAUCAAACGAGGGCAGUACUGCCGUGGCUGAUCUACAGCCUUGAUGGAGAGCGCGAGCGUUUCAGGAGCGGUUCUACUUUCUGUAAAUAUAGAACUUGUGAAGCGAUUCCUUGUCGUGAUGUGAUGGUAUGUUAAGUGGCUCGGUUGCAGCUUCCGACGACGAUUGCGCGGCCUCGUCCUUGUUUCUAGCGAAGCACGCUUGCGCUUACCAUGGCAACCGGCUGCAGGCGGCGCAGGCGCCCUCUUCGCGGUCGCCGGCUAGCGCGUUGCCUGCAAUGGCGGCGACGCGAAGUGGCCGCCGCAGGGGGGGGAUGGCGCGGCCAAGUGCGUUCUUCCAUACCCCGAAAACCCUCGCCCGCGGGCACUUGAUCUGUGGCCCGUGGGCCGGGUGGGUGCUGCGAAGAAAGUAGGGCAUCGCCCGGCUCGAUGGCGCAGCAAAGUCUGGCAAGAAGCUCCAGAGCGCGCGGCGGCCGUGUUCCGACUCCCAAAGCAGCAAGGCGCUAAAAAAAACGCGAAGACGAGCCCGCGCACGCCGCCGCCGCCCGCUUGCCGCCCUCCCUCGCCGGCCGGCGCCACUGGUGCCCGUGCGGCCUGUUUGCCUCCGCCGGUCGCCCAAUGGUGGCCCUCUCACAUCUUCUUUGCGGCCGGCCGCGCGGGCAGCCAGUCUGCCUGUCGGCCGCCCGGGCCUCAAUUUUACCCCAACGGCCGCCUCAUGCCCCAGCGUGUUCCGCCGUCUGUGCAAAGGGGCCGGUGGGCGAGCUAGUUGUUGACGGUGUUGCGGGCGCUGCCCGCGCUCCGGGGGUUUGUGUGUUGCCCUGCGCCCAUGCGUGCGUGCUUGGCCCGUUUUCUGGCGUGGCGACCUCUCGUUGGGGCCACAGCCGUGCUGGCGGUGGGCUUUCAUUCUUGUGUGGCGCCGAUGUUGCCUGUGUGUGUGUUUCAAAUAAAAUGAAAUGAUAUAUUAUCGGGCAGCAUGACAGCGCUCCGGCUGUGCCCCGAAUGGCGUCAGGUAUAGCUGGCGACUUUUGUUUGAUGAGAGUUCCUCAGGCAGCUUGCUCAGACAAAACUCUUCUGCCGGUCGAGGGAAUUGACAUGGCUCAUCUACCGGGUCGGGACAGAGCGUUCCAGGAGCGGUGGAGGGUCUAUGAGUAAACUAGACCGGCAUUUUUGUGUGAGCUUGACUGAGGGGGGAGAGGCUUUGAAGCAGUCAAUGACGAGUGUGACUCAUGCUUGUUGUCGUCCAUCCCCUCCAGCCAAUGAUCAACAUGCAGCAGGUACAGCUUCUUCCAAGGUGGUCUAUUUCUAGUGCGCUGAUGCUUACCACGGUGGCGCCCAGGGCUUGCGCCGGCCGCGAUCAUGCCGGCCAUCCGAGAGGCGGCGAUCAUGGAGGGAGAGGGGGCGCUGGCUCGUGUGUUGUGUUGUGCUCGAUAUCCGCGGCCGCCUUUGUUUCUGUGUGUGCGUGUUGGCGCGGGGCUGGUGGGCGAGAUGUGGCUGGGCCCUAUCAGCAGGAAAAAAAGUAUGAGUGCCGAGAAGCGGGCCAAACCAACGCAACGGCCAACAAGCUGAGUAUCCUAUCGCAAUCGCGUCGCCCAGGCUGCGCGCGUCGCCUCCUUCCGCCAGAAACUGCCCCACCCAGCGCCCCGGCGCGCCUCAUUUCCGCCGGCCGCCCGGUGGCUUGCGGGCGGCACGGUCGGUCUUGCAGAUGUACGCCGCCGGCGCGCGGCAGGACGGAGCGCCACUGGUGGACCCUCCACGGCCCAGCGAUGUUAUCACUCUGGGCAGGUAUGGCCCUGGAAGAGGCGGGAGCCCGAGCGUUUCGAUUUGGGCGAAGGCAGACGGAUCGGCGCCGGAGGGCCUUCGGUCUGUGUUCAGCGUUGCUUUCAAGCGCAGGACGAAGGGAAAACACGGCAAAGCGGAAACACGCAUCCGGCGCAGCUCCGACGUCGUCCUUUUGGGCGACAUCGUCGCGCAGAUUGAUGCACCCCGGCGGCCCGCGGCAGCGCCAUUAUGUAGAAGACCCUUCACGGCCCGGGGGUAUUUGGUCUAGCUGGCUCGCCCCGGCCGGCCGCCCGGUGUUGCAUCGUUGAUACAUAUUGCCUCGCCACCUUUUCUGCAUGUUUCCCGGGGGUGUGGAAGUCGGCGGACUUGCCUGCCGCGAUUUUGCCUCUCUGUCUGAGACGUGCCGCCCGCCUCCCCCCGGCGCGCGCGUGCGCGCGCAUAAUUGCGCGCGCCCUCUGGCGCGAUAUUCCUUCGUUGGAGUUGCGGUCGUGCUGGCCUGUUUCCCUCCGUCCUACCUUCGUCUCAUGCUCGAUGUGGCCGGACUAUGAGACGGCUGGGCCUGGGGGCCCUUCUAGCUACAACGCAUGUAGGCCGGUGGUGCCGUGUCCGCUUUUCGCGGGCCGCUGCUUGGUGACAGGUUUAUUUGGUUUUCAACAUUCACAUAUUGGAGGCCUGGUCAGCUCCGGCGAAGUUGACGCUAUAUCGCUUUGAGACCGGCGGAGUCUGUUUAAGUAUUUGCAAGUCCGAGUGCGAGGGCUGUUUCUAUACGCAAAAGGAGAGCUUGUUUAUUUCUAUUGACGCGUAUCCCUAUCCUCCUGUUUGCGCGCAGACUCGUGAUGAGGACACCCCGGACAGGCGAGCGCAACACCGAAAUGAGCUUGAGGUCCGACAUGUACGAUUCUGAUAUUCUUGUCGGCCCCGAUUACUAGCGCGAGGCAUUCUCUCACAUCCAGCCACCGAGAUUAGAAAAUUUCUAAUUGCAUCUCAUGAAACGCCAAAAAUUUAGAUGUGACGGUAGAAAUCUGAAACAGCGCUGAUCUGAAGUUGUCAACAGAGGAAAAAGAACUACAAAAAUACGCACUGAAAGUUCGCAACAUCAGAAUCAAGGAAGGUCAUUUUCCUUGAACUACGUAGUCCUUUUUCACGUACUUUUUUCCAUAAGCAUAAAAUAAAUAAAUUCCGAAAUCGCCAGUAGCUGCUCUGAGUUCCAAACUAAAAAUCGAAAGCUCAAGGUCGUCAUCAUCAUCUUUUGGAUGGGAAAUUUAUCAACAAAAUAAAAGCAUUGCUCCUCCUCCUCCAUCAUCCAGUUCUAUGAAAUUUGUUUAGAAAAUACUUGUAAAAUAAGCUGUGAACAAUCGCGAAGAGAUCGUUUGUAGAAGGUGGUUACAAUAGAUACAUUACAAAAAAAAUCAUUUCGUGUGGUGCAUUUCCACGCGUAUAAUUCAAGGUGGUUGCAUAACAAGCAUAACCAAAAGAACUACGAUUUUGGUGCGCGAAGAUCCUUGCAGAAUUUCGUAUUUUUCUUUUCCCGAUGGGUCCUCAGAAGCGGAUCCUAAUUUUCUGCAGCUCUCCGUAGCUCGUUGUUACCACAUCCGGUAAAAAUCAAAAUCCCGAUAUUGAUUUUCCAUUUUCCAUCAACUAGAAAUAAUACCAAAUUCCAAAACCAACUCCAACAGGCCAAGUUUAACAUGAUGCACAACGUGCUCGUACCCGGAAAAACUACAGGCGAUCUACCGUUUGAAACUGUACAAGAACAAACCACGGCCACCGGAAGUGCUCAAAGCGGACGGAUUAAUAUGGAGGUGUCAGAAUCGAAAUUGACAAAAUCGAAAAACUUGUGAUGCACAAAAUCGAUGUCAGUUGGAGCAUCAGUCUUCAAGUGCCGCAUGAAAAAUUUCGGGAGAACCCAAAUCCAGUGUGUCAUGCUGUUUGGACAAAGAAGACUCCUUCUGUCAUGCUACUCUGGCAGCACAUUGUAUACCCCUAAACAGGCGGCGCACAGUCGGUCUCAUUUGCCUGCUCCCCAAUACAGGGAGGCCUUCAGUGCCCUGGAUUCAUUUUGCGCAUCACAAACUUUUCAAUUUUGUUGACCUCGAUCCUGACACAUCCAUAAUUAAAGAACUGCAGUCGGACAACAUUGUGGGGAAGACAUCCACUUGGCAGUUGAAUGAAAGGAAGCGGAGAUCGUUAGCGGGUGGCUGUUAUGCAUUGCAAAAGUAUCGUACUCGUAUUGGUUUUGCAGUCAUGCAUUACAAAUCUUUUUCGUAACGUAUAUCCGCAUUACAAAUUUGAUUUCUGAUGCUGAGGAUAUUUAUGAAUGCAAAUGCAUUUAUACGAGUACGACACUUCUGCAGUUCAUAGCCGUUUCGGGAUGUGCUUCUCGAUGAAGCCGAGGAACAAUGAGGUGGAAGCAACUCCUGGUGGCUACGGGAAUAAUGGUGGGGGAGGAGACGCGGGAAAUGGCGGUUCUGUGGCAGGAGAGGCGGGGAGAAAAUGAAAAUAGAAGUUGGAGUAGCUACAGUACCAGAAAGUACUAGAACGGUAUAGAAUUAGCAAUAGAUUUCAAUCAUUCAUCGACAAGUUUCAGAAGUUUAAACCAUCCGAGAAAAGUGUUUUUCAUCGACUGUAGAAAACAAAACAGUAAGAUUGAUAAGUCAAAAUAGUGAAAAUGGAAAUGCAUGAAAAAGUGAAACGACGCCUGAGAGUGAAAAAUGCAAAUUUUCCUGUGAGCUUGACUUGGAGCUGCACGUGUCAUGGUAGCCAUGCCUGCUUCUAACGACCAAAAAUGUAAUUUGUUUCGGCUUUUCUGCAAAGAAACCAGUAAUUUGACAUCGAUAGUACCACUAUGGUUUUCGACCUUUUCGUUUUCUUCUACCAACAAGAGACUAGAAUCACGGAAAAUAAUAGUAUGUUGCCACCAUAACAAUUAGCAAAGGACAAGACCGACGAAGAACCUGGCUAGUAUUGAGCUUUGACUGGAGUUUUUAACACCAGUAACCAUAGAUACGCACGUACAAUCGUUGUCCGAAGUUGCCAUCACAACUGUCUCCCCGCGUUUCAGCAGGUUUGUAAUGCCGCA